AUGGCUGAGAUUAGAAUACGGCUCUGGACUGUACUUCAAAUAGUUUUGUGCCUUAUUUUCCAGAUCCAAGCAUACGAUAUUACCGGCAUCAAAGAAGGAGUCAAACCUUCCGGUGAACGGCCUGCACGGCAGAACCUGGUAAACUUCCAAAGUUCCGGGCCUGCAUUUGACCUCUAUAUUUUAGCGUUCACACAAUUUCAAGAUGAGGACCAAGGAAAUUUGUUGAGCUUUUAUCAGAUUGGCGGAGUUCACGGAUACCCAUUUCGCCCUUGGGAUGGCGUAAACGGCCGCGGAGGAGCUGGAUACUGUGCACAUGCAUCAACAGUGUUCCCAACAUGGCAUCGACCCUACCUUUCGCUUUAUGAAAUGCAAAUUUGGAAGAAUGCGCAGACAAUUGCGACGCUGUACCCAGAAAACGUCCGUAGCACCUAUGUUGAUGCGGCAGUCAACUUGAGAAUUCCCUACUGGGAUUGGGCCAGCAAUCCAGAACUUCCACAGUCCAUGAUCACGCCGCAGAUCGAAAUCAAUACACCUCAAGGCCGAAGAAGCGUUCGAAAUCCCCAAUACAGCUUCGUCUUCAAUCCCACCGUCGAAAAGGGUUUCAACAGGGGCGACCCGCUGCUGCGUUAUCCAGGGUCGGUCCGAGCGCCAAAUGCACAGGGUCAAUCUCAGAACGCUGAAGUCCAGCGCAGAUUAAGACAGAAUGGUGCUAGCUGGCGCCAGGCGACGUACUCCUUGUUAACCAGCGAAACAAACUACACAAUAUUUUCCACAAAUGUCGUUCCAGGUCGAGGCAACGACUACAAUAACGUCGAAUCUACCCAUGGGCAGGUCCACGUUGCUGUUGGUGGUUCUUACGGCCAUAUGUCCUAUGUGCCAUGGUCUUCUUUUGACCCUGUCUUUUGGCUUCACCAUACCAAUGUUGAUCGUAUCGUCGCGCUGUGGCAAGCAAUCAAUCCAGAUUUUUGGGUACGACCAUUGGCUAUGAGAGGCGAUACCUAUACUAGGCCGGCAGGCACUGUUGAAGAUGCUAAUACUCCUCUUCAUCCAUUCCAUAUGAGAGGCAGCAUUUUCUGGAACUCCGAUACUAGUAGAUCAACGAGGACAUUUGGCUAUACCUACCCUGAGAUUCAGGAUUGGGAUAUCUCAAAACAGCAGCUUCAGCGGAAUGUUCGCCAAAGGGUAAACGAACUUUACAACAGAGCUCAAAGUCUCAAAAAAAGAAGCAAGGAUGGUGGAAGUGAUUUCUUCAAGCCCGGCGCAUUCCGUGAUCUCGCUUCCGUCUUGAAAAAGACAUUUAAAAUCGACGAGAUCUUGAAAGACCUUAGUGAAACGAGUCUUGCGGACUUCGAUACACUUGGUAUCAACAACAUGAAAAAGCAAUGGGUCGCCAACAUUAAGGUUGACAAAUUCGCCAUCAACUACCCCUUCAACAUCCACUUUUUCCUUGGCGAACCACCCAGCGACUCCAGCACCUGGGAGCGCGCCUCCAACCUUGUGGGAAGCUUCUCCUUAUUUUCAAGUUCUAUGCCCUAUCCAGAAGGCGCCGCACAUAUUGUUUACGGCCAGCAGCCUCUUACUCAUGCCGUUGCCGAAGCCUACUCCAACAAGAUUAUUGACAGCAUGGAUAGCAAGGUCGUCGUGCCCUUGCUCAAGACCCAUUUGCAAUGGCGUGUUCAAAGUCUAGACGGAAGCGUCAUUGACACCGCGAAGCUAGUCAGUUCAUCCUCAAGUGGGCAGGCUGGCUUGGAAAUUACUAUUCUUGAGAGAGAUGUCGAGCCUCUGGGUGAGGGGCAGGAUACUGACUUCCCGAGGUUUGGCAACUGGAAAGCAUAUGAAGAUGUCACAAAAGAUAAGUCUGGAGGCUACAACGGAGGAUUCGCAGGCCGACAUUGA